AUGGUGUACCAAGAGGCACCACCUACACCGAGAAGGGAGCCGAGAACACUUUCGUCUGGGCACAUCGCCUUGGAGCUGCAAGAGCAGCAAGUGUCUGCUGAGCAACGCAGGAACCAGUUCGGUUUCCAAAGUCAGGAGGGCCGCCACCACCAGCGGGCCCAGAACCAGAGCAAGCUCCAGAGUGUCCACCGCCAGGACAAGAACGAGCUCCAGAGUGUCCACCUCCGGACCCAAUGCCGAGUGGUACGAAGCUUCCUCUUCACACGCUGGACGGGGAACCCAGCAACGCAGCAGUGGCGGAACACAUCCGCCGGAAUGAGGAGGAGUAUGCUGCAAGACGUGCCGGUGCAAUUCCUUCAGGAGACGAAGCAAGAGCCAGGGAAUCCAAGGAAUUUGCUCGUGGAGUUGCAUACUUUCGAGCCAGGUACGGCCAGCGAAGCCAGAGCAGUGGAACAGCGAGUUCCAGCCGAGACACGGGGCCUGGGACCCUACAACCCAGGACGGGACCUGGGACCCUACAACCCAGGAUGGAAGAUGCGAGAAAUGAGCCAGGGAGCAGUUCCAGAGGACCACCUCCGAAGGAACGACCUGCUGGAAGCAAGGCGCCACCUCCAGAGCCAAAGGGACCACCACCGAAGCGAGUGGGAGCAACGCAAGCCACUACGCUCUACCCGAAUUCUCCUUGGAGGAGAACAGAAAGGAGAAGAAUGCGAGAAAGGGGCGAGGAGCCAAACCCUGGAAAUGAGGAAGAUGAAUGGGGAGAUUGGUCAGGACGAUGAGGUCGACUACCAGAAGGAGAAAGCAGAGGUCGACUACCAGAAGGAGAAAGCAGAGAUCGACUACCAGGAGGAGAAAACAGAGAUCGACUACCAGGAGGAAUCAAAAUUCUAUGGCCUAUGUACAAACAAGAGCCUCUACUCCGACAAGACUAUGAAUGGAGCAAGAGAUCCAUUGGUGAUGUGGAUUUGGACCAGUAUUCCAGGAGCAAAGAACCUCUACGACCCCAAGACUAUGCAAUUCGAUUACAAUGGAGCAAUGGCAAUGAUGCUUAUGCUUGGAGCGCUUGAGCAGAGGGGCACGGAGAGAUCACUUGCGUUCGUGUGCUUGUGUGAGAAAACAACAGAGAGGUUGGAGCAACAAGCAAGCAGUUCGGAUGAUCUGAACCGAAGGAUUGAAAGUGCGACAAAGGCGAUCAAGGCACCAGAUGUUUGGAACCCACAAGCCUCGGGAGAGCAUCCACCGGAUUUUACAACCUGGAAACAUCAGUUUCUGAAUUGGCUAGGUUUUGCCGAUUCGCAGUACUCAGAAGCUCUAAGGAGCGAUGUGGGUAUCGUCUCUAUCAAGAUGUUUCCCAACUUCGAUGGGGGCAAGAGCAUGGUGGAGCAGAUUGGUUCACUGGAAAACCUUGUUCGGGAGUACGAGAUCGCUUCAGGAAAGACCUACGAUCGAGAUUUGUUGAUGGGAGUUUUGCUUCGAUGUUCACCGAGGGCGAUUCGAGACCACCUUACUUUGACAAUGCCCGAAGGAACAAACUACAUGUCAGUGAAGCAAGCGAUUCUUUCAUACGAGCAAAGCAGCAAAACUUGGGAUUACCAGACGGUGUUGAAGCAAAAGACCUUGCAGAACACAGCGAGCAGUUCGAAUGCAGAUCAAGGACCAGCACCAAUGGAAGUGGAUGCAGUGUACGAGAAAGGAGGAGGAAAAGGAAACAAAGGCAACAAAGGAAACAAAGGAGGAAAAGGAUCCUACUCGUGGUCAAGCUUUGGAGCAGGAUUUCGCCAAUGGAGAAAAGGUGGACGAAAAGGAAGCUACAAAGGAGGAAAGAAAGGACGAGGCAAAGGUUUCCACAAAGGAGGAAAGAAAGGCGGAAAGAAAGGUGGAAAGCAUGGCAAAGGAGGAAAGAAAGGUGGAGGAAAGAAGUUGGACAGAGAUGUUUGCCGAUUCUGCAAGCAGCGAGGACAUUGGGGAAACGAGUGUCCAAACCGCAAUGUUCGAGAAGUGCAGGCGAGCGAGGCCAGCACCGAGGUACCCCACUCGACAGUCGAGUCUGUUACUCCGUCGCAGAGUGCGAGCCAAUACAGGAUAAGGAGAGUGAGGAACAUUGAUUUCCAUCACAUUGCGAACACACCACCUGACGGCACAGAGCACUAUGAGCUUAGCGAAGUUUCAGAAGAAGAAGGUGAUUGGUUCACCAGAAGGAUAGAGGUGCAAGGACCAGAGUGCUACUACAUCGGGGAUGAGAGUGAGAACAAACAAGAUCAUGAGAGUGAUGAGCUGUAUCAAUGGUAUGAAAACAGCUUGGAAAGAGUUCAAGGAGGAUUGGGACCUCCAGGAGGAUUGGAACCUCUGAAUCAACCUCUGAUCAAGGAGGAUUGGAACCUCUGA